CUGCAGGCGCUGGGGCUGGGAUCCAUGGGGUGUCAAUGGGGUACCAAUACCAGUUAUAGACUACCAAUAAGUACUGAUACAGUACCAAUACCAAUCAAUAACUAAUCAAUACAAUCAAUAACUAAUCAAUAACUAAUCAAUGCAGGUCCGGCGAUGGCGCACGGGGGGCUGCAGGCGCUGGGGCUGGCCCUGGCCGUGGCCGGCUGGGAUCCAUGGGGUGUCUAUAGCUUACCAACACCAAUCAAUAACCAAUCAAUACAAUCAAUAACUAAUCAAUAACUAAUCAAUAACUAAUCAAUACAGGUCCGGCGAUGGCGCACGGGGGGCUGCAGGCGCUGGGGCUGGCCCUGGCCGUGGCCGGCUGGGCCGCUCUGGUGGCCGCCGCGGCGCUGCCACAGUGGGAGGUGUCAUCGUACGCCGGUGACAACAUCAUCACCGCGCUGGCCACCAUGAAGGGGCUGUGGAUGAGCUGCGUGAGCACCAGCACCGGGCAGCUCCAGUGCAAGAGCUACGACUCUGUGCUAGCCCUGCCAGGUCACCUCCAGGCCACGCGGGCCCUCAUGGUGGUGGCGGGGGUGCUGGGCCCGCUGGCGCUGGGCGCGGCCGUGGCCGGGAUGAAGUGCACGCGCUGCGGCGGCGACGACGCCCAGAAAAAAGCCAAAGUGGCGGCGGCGGGGGGAGCGAUCUUCAUCCUGGCAGGGCUGCUGGCUCUCGUCGCCUGCUCCUGGUACGGCCACAGAAUCGUCACCAACUUCUACGACGUCACCGUGCCCGUCAACUACAAGUUCGAGUUCGGCUCGGCGCUGUUCCUGGGCUGGGCGGGCUCGGCCCUGGCCCUGCUCGGGGGGUCCCUCCUGGCCUCGUCCGGCUGCUCCUGCGGGGGGGGAGGGGCGCGCGCGGCCUCGCGGGGGUACCCCCGCACCAAGGCCACCCCCCCGCGCCCCCCCAGCUCCCGCGAGUACGUCUGA